CCCCGGGUCUCCUCCUCCUUCCCUCCCUCCUUCCUUCUUUCUCUCUCUCUCUUCCUCGAUGGCUUCCUCCUCGUCCUCGUCCUCCUCCUCUUCGGCCUCCUCGUUCUCCGGGGGGCGUCCCGGGGGCCGCUUGGACAUGAGCCACGGCUUCGUCCGCCACAUCCGCCGCAACCAGGUGGCCAGGGAUGAUUAUGACCGGGAAGUGAAGCAAGCCAAGGAGAAAGUGAAGAAGCGGCACACGCCAGCCCCAGCGAGGCCCCGGAAGCCCGACCAGCCGGUCUAUCACCCCUGUCGCAGAGGUCAAGCAGAAGCCCCACCAAGCCUGGAUUACGAGGGAUCCAGUGAGAGCAGCUCCGGGACGGAUCCGGAUGUCAAUGGACCGCCCCUCUUCUGCCUGGACUUCGAGGCCGACAGUGGCAAGAUCACCUCCGUUGUUGUGCACCAGGAGCAUGAUCCGGAGGACGUGGUGGAGAAGGUCAGUGCCCAGGACCCGCUGGAGCCGGCCCUGCGGGAAGCGCUGAGGCGGCGGGUGCAAGAAGAGCUGGAGAAGCGGCGGGUGAAGCGCUGAGAGGCUUUGGCUCUUUCGUUGCCUUUUGGAGAGGGAACCGAUCAUCCCUCGGUGGCUUUGUCCUGGGAGACAAAGGGGCAGGAGGCCUCUCUCUGGCUCCUUCCUUCCUUCCUUCCUUCCAGAUGAGGAAGCGCUGCCUGCGUUUGAGAUAC